AUGCUACUUGUAUUACUAAUACUUUUACUGAAUCAAAUCAAUUUAUCAUCGGCUUUCAUUCAAUCGUGCCCAAUUCAAUGUGAAUGUGAUCAAAUUGAUGGAUCUUGGUCUGUUUAUUGUCGAAAAACGGUUAUAAAUGAUACCGUAUUUGCGGAUAUAUUAAAUCAACUUCCGUUAACUUUGAAAUCCUUGCAUAUUCAGGUUAGUUUCUUCUUUCUUUUUUUCCGUAUUGUUUCCAACUAAUUUAUGCAAAUCCUUCCGUUUUGGGAGAACGGAUUAAAAUUUCGAAACAUAGAUAGCAUCGAAUAAAAAAAAGUUUUAGUUUCCAAACUCUCUAGAGGAAGGGAUUUUUUUUUAUUGCGAAACCAAGCAUUUUCAGCCUCCUCCAAAUCGUGGUCCAAACAAGUUACGUUGGAGCGACAAUAUAAACCGAUUUGCGCAACUCAAAGUACUUCGACUUAUCGAAUGUCAAAUUCCACAAAUGUCUCGAACUCCUCGUUUACCAUCUUUAGAAGUACUUGACCUGCGAUCAAAUAACAUCGAUCACGCAACAAUGUCAAAUUUUGGCGGUUUGCCAAAACUUCGAAUCCUCGACCUAUCAUCAAAUCAUUUGAAUCAUUUACCAACCGGCGUAUUCACCUAUCUUCGACAAUUACGCUCACUUUCGCUAUCAAACAAUUCAAUCACCGAUUUAUCAGCCAAUUUGCUACGCGGUUUAGGAGCUCUCCGAGUUUUACGACUCGAUAACAAUCAAAUACCAAUCGAACAAAUCAAUAAUCUCUUUUCCGAUAUCACUCAAAUCGAAGAGUUGUAUCUCAACAACUGUCAAUUACAAUCAAUCGAAAAACUAUCAUUGGAUCGUAUUCCACAAUUGCGUAAUUUAGGAAUUGGAGGAAAUGACCUUGGUUUAAUACCCACAAGGGAGCUGCAAAAUCUCGCACAUCUUUCCGUUUUGGAUCUAUCAAAUAAUUCAUUGCAAGAAAUUGUGGCAUGCGCAUUUUGUGGCAAUAAUUUGACACGUCUCGAUUUAUCUCAUAAUUUGCUCGGUUUGUCAAAAACAGCCUUUCAUGCCGACGCUUUCCGAAACAUCCCAUUAAAACAUCUCGAUCUCUCAUUCAAUCAUAUGAACGACUUCGAUUCCACAUAUCUCGGAUGGGCUCAAGAUAUCAUUGAAAGUCUCGCAAUUUCCGGUAACUUCCUCAAAAGUAAGAAUCGUCUUUUCUUUUUUGACAGCUCUAUGAAAAUUGUAAUUUCCAGCCUUCUCCGACUCCUACACCCACACAUUGAAGAAUCUACUCCACCUCGAGAUGGCUUUCAACACAAUCGCCCAUAUUCCAGUCCAACUACCGUCUCGCUACUAUCAUCUCGAGUCUCUCAAUAUUUCCGGAAAUCAAAUCUCAUAUUUCCCCGAUAAUAUUCACACUAUUUUGCCAAAUAUUAAGGUGAGGACGAAAUUUGAUCUAUCUCAAAAAUGGAUAGCAAUAUGAUAUUAUUUCGUAUAGCAAAAGAGGUCAUUUCAGGAACUCGACAUUUCAAACAACAAGUUCACCUCAUUUUCGUACAGUGAUUUAGCGUUUCUCAACAAUGUUGAUCGGGUUUAUAUGACUGGUAAUAAAUGGGAUUGCUCGUGUGCAAUUCAAGGAUUACAGGUGGGAAAUUUUCAAAAUCGUUUUCGGGUUUUAUAUAUUUUCUUUUUCUCAAUUCGUAAAAACAAUACACCAAUUCAUCAUUUUCCGGGGGCGCUUUUUCACUCGCUCGCUCAAUUCAUCCAUUCAUUCAUAAUUUUAUCUAAUUCCAUGUUUUCACUCAAAAAUAUAAUAAGAAUAUUCUGCGAGGAGGAAGACGACACUAAUUAUCUCUCUGACCAACUAAUUUCAGGUCCAUAUGCGCGAUCGACACGCAAUGCGACACAUUUUAAACUACGAUCAAGUUCAAUGUGCUUCACCUUCAUUAGUCGAAGGACAUCCAGUUCUUGCGAUUACAGAGGUCAGUUUUUUUUUCGGGGGAAAGAAGGAAAAUGAAUGAAAUAAAAACACAUAGUUAAGUUGUCUUAUUCAACGAGGUCGUUUGAAUGACAAAAAUGAAUGGGAUGAGAGAAUUCCGGUUAACUUCUUUCAUAUUAGUAGAAAAAGGGGGGAAAAUUAGUUUUUCGAGUUAUUCAGCCAAAAAUGAUGACAAAUCGAGAUUUUUCAAGCUUCUGGAGUGAUGAAAAUUGACCUUGCUGAUUUUUCGAAAAAUAAAAAAAUUCAAAUUUUGAUGAAUUUCGUGAAAAAUAAUAAAAUGAGGUAAAAUAGGGUUCUCGAAGCUUAUUUUCAUCAGAAAUUACUCCAGAAGCUUCAAAAAUAUCGAUUUGUCAUCAUUUUUGGCUGAAAAACUCGAAACAAUUUUUUAAAACAUUUUUUCGUUCGUGAGUCAGCCCUACUAAGCCUAAGCCUAAGCUCAGAUUUUUUUAUGAGCUCAAGCCUAAGUCUGAGCAAAAAUUCGUUAUUAUCUAGUUAGCCUAACUCACAUAGAAAUACCAUUAGAGAACCCUUUUCAAAAGGUGUGGGAAGCCUAAGCUCAAUCCUAGCAAUUUAGCCUAACUUACGUCAAGAUAGUAUCCCCCGUUCAACCAAAACCCCCGAAUCCUCAAACUUCCAGGUAAAUGACUGCGCAGUUCUUUUCGGCGCCCGCUACGGCCUCACCCAAACCUCCGAAAUGCUCAUUCUCCUCACCGCUCUUCUGCUCAUCGCAACUCUCCUUCUCAUCCUCCUCGGCUGUUUCUAUUGCUGCCGCGAGCGACAAUACAAAGGUUCCUAUGUGACUCGCGAACAUUCGCGAACACCUUUGACAAUGGCCAACACCCAUUCAUGCUCUUCAAGCACAAAUGACGGUCCACUUUCUCCACCAACCGGUUUCGAUCCAUUUUGUGUUUCCACCGAAACCUUCAAAUCAACCCCUCCACUAAUUCCACCACCAUCAACUCAUCAAAAAUCCACAGCCGCCUAUUUCGGCAUCUAG